UCUUUUGGUUUAAGUGUCUGAGGUUUAUAGACUUUACCUAUUGCUAUGAAUCAUAUAGAAAUGGUUUUUACUUUUGAUGAUAUUAUCUCUCUGUCUCUAGGCUACUUAUAGAACAGCUAUAACUUCUUCUCUUUUAUCUAUAUACACAUAUAGAUCUUUUUUCACAAAAAACAUUGAUUGGUAUCUUGUCCUAAAUUAAGGGUUCUGAGAUUGAUUGAUUGAUUGAUAAUAUAACUGAAAAAGAAGACUUUUUAUCUUUUUCUUUAUGUUAGUGUAAAAAUUGGGAUCUUAUUAUGUGAGAUCAAAAGCUUAUAGACAAGGUCAACGGGAGAAGCAGAAUUAAACAGUCUUGUUAAAUGAACAAGACUAAUCAAGAUUUGAGCUUAAUGGAAUCAAGAAUGGAAGGAGAUGUGUUUUCUGGAUAUGGAGAAAGAUACCAGAUGGAUGGCAAAGUGCUGCAGAAUUUCCAGAAGAGAUUUGUUCAGGUUCAAUACAUUUUGGAGCAAAACCGGCUUUUGAUCAACGAGAUCAAUCAGAACCAUGAGUCCAAACAAGCAGAUCACUUGGGUCGAAAUGUUCGUUUGAUAAGAGAGCUCAAUAACAAUAUCAGAACUGUGGCAAGUCUUUAUGGUGAUCUCUCUCAUUCUUUCGCCAGAUCAGUUGAUGCUUCAUCAGAAGGGGAGUCCACUGGGACCUUGAAAUCUGAUGGAAAGGCCAACAACCAAAAAAUAUUUAGAUCCGGGUAAUGUUAUGUAGAUUCGGUGCUAAUUUGAGUGUGGAUUUAAGUAAUGACUUGUUGUUGUUGAACAAAAAAGACAUUAACAACUUCACUUCUGUAAGUUCUGUUGAAAUGAGUUCAUGUCUUUAAUUCUGAGAAUAAAAGGAAGUUCAUCUUUUAUUAAUCAGACUGAUCAUGUGUAGAGUAUGUGGUUUCUUUUGUUCUGGAUUUGACUUGUAGACCUUUUGUUGUUGUUGCAGUAACUAAAAGAUUAGAAAUGUUCAUAUAAUCAUAUUGACCUUGAUUUUAGAUAAAAUGAAGUAUGAAACUAAGAAAUAAAGGAAAAAGGAAUUGAACUGUACUAUAAUGUUAUCUAACAAAAGAAGUUCAUAAAAGAGAAUAAAAGAUGAUGAUCAUUGUUGCCUAUGUGCUUGCAUGAUCCUUAAAGUCAAAAAGACAACAGAAACUUGUAGUUUUAGCUUUAGUUAGGUCACAUUAUUCCUCCAAGUUGAUUUACAACAGAAAGCUUCUUUACUUCCUCCUAUCCUUUUUCUUUUAUUUAUUUAUUUUUGGCUUUUGGACAAGAGAAUCCAGCCAACCUUUUAGUUCACUUCAUGUAUUGGUAUUGCACUUUUUUUGUAAUAUUCAAAUUUCUUGGCUCACACUUCCAAUCAACUUUCUUGUGGAUAUCUUAUUAAAUUACAAUAAUGUAGGGAUGUAAAUAGCAGGGUCCCCAUGCUCCGGUAAAGAUCUCAUGCUUGCUAUAAUACUCAUGGUACUUUCUUCUAACAGAAAAUAAAAUCAAAUUUGAAUUAGUAUAAUAGGAGGAAAAAAUAUAUCGAGAGACUCAUAUCAAAUAUGCAGGAGUUUCUUCUCUCCUUCAACAUAAAGAUGUUUAUAGACAAUGAUGAUCUCUAACGUUAUAUUCAUCUCAACUUCAAAGCUUUACUUCUUUUCACCCUGUCUCUGCAUCACUUUCAUCAACUGUCCUUCCCAGUCAGAAACAGCCUUGCUCCAUGCGAAACCUUAUAGAAUUAAAAGCCUCAUAAAUAGUAAUGCUUCUUUGUACUGGCAGCAGCAUCAGUAAAACUUGUUACUUCUUUACUAACUCAUAGAAAUGCAAAAAAAAUUGUUAUCAAUCCUAUUGGUGGGAUCACACUUAAGAGCUUCAACACACAAACGAGCAGCGCCUUCCUUUGGCUGUAGCACCCUGCUUCUUAAAAAAAAACUUUUUGUUGCUGAAACCAAGCGGUGAAGUUCAACAUAUGUUUGGUCUGAUCAAUUAGUAGAUGACUUUACCGCUGCUUUCAUAAACAUACUGCAGCUUCAUUAAACCUCCAAAUUAAUUUGCAAGAGAAAGCAAAUAAUUUUAGUAGUAAUUGGAAUUUGGAACCAUGUCAACUUCAUGCAGAUGCAUGCUUCCACAGCCUUUCUUUUGUAUUCACAAGUGCUUUGACCCGAGUCCCUUUCACAAUCAGUUGCAGUAUAAUCAUCUACAUCACAUCUCUACAUUUAGCUCCUGAGACUUGAUUCGAACAAUAGAAUAGUAAAAAGGGCCCUUGACUGAGGAGAUAUGAAGGUAGAGAAGUACUGGCCAUGUCUGUAACUGCAAAGAUACGGUUUCUUCCUCCUCACGUUACUACUGUAAUCUUCCCAACAACUCAAUGUAACCCUCUAGAAGAGAAAGAGUGACUUUAAACCAGGAUAAGAUUAUUAUAUCAUUCUUUCUCUUUCUGCAAGGUGUCCAAAGUCCAUACCUACCUUUCAUUUUGCAAGUUGCAACCUUAUCUUAAACGUUAUUAUGGUGGCGUUAUGUGGCUCUGAUAACGUUUGAGACUUUCUUCAUAUAUUUCACAGUUGAUAGAUUGUUUUGCUCGUUUAGUAGUACUUAUUUACUUCUCUUUUUUUUUGGUGAUAAAUGUUUUUCUUUCAUUCUAUAUUAGCUUACCUAGUGAUGAUACUAUGAUGUAGCUUGUUCUUACUUGAUAUAUAUUAAACUACCGCUAGUGGUAGUAGUAGUCAUCGUUCUUGGUUUAGAUUAUUCUUUUUGUAAAAAUUGUUUCUUAUUAAACUAAGCCUCAUAGCAUUGAUCAAUCUCUAGUUUAUCCUUACACCAGAUUUGAUGGUGUGAGAGGAUCCAGGGACAAUGCUUACAUUGAAAGUGGAGUUUAAUAGUCUCUCGGAGCUCUCUAUGUCCAAGUUCUUGGGAGUUCGGAAGCUCCUUACAUUGUUCACAAUCACACAUGUUGUCUUUUUACCAUUGAUUCUCUGUUUUGUCUCUUUUUAAAAAACAAGCACUUCCAUCUCAACUCUAUCCUCACACAAGAAUUGAUGGUGUAAGAGGAUCUAGGGACAGUGCUUACAUUGAAAGUGGAGUUUAAUAGUCUCUCUGAACUCUCUAUGUCAAAGUUCUUGGGAGUUCGGAAGCUCCUUACAUUGUUCACAAUCACACAUGUCGUCCUUUAUCAUUGAUUCUAUGUUUUGUCUCUUUUUAAAAAACAAGCAUUUCCAUCUCAACCACUUAAGAUUUCCCACUAGACUUCUUUUCCAAAAAUAGCAUAUUAUGUUCAACUGUAGUCUAAGAUUAGGUUUGAUGCUUUUUCUUUUAUCAAAAGGGUUUGAUGCUUAAUAACUGUUUAGGUUGAAGAAUUAAAUCACAUUGAUUGUUGUUUGUUUGGUUAUCCAAACACAUUCAUUGCUGAGUAUUUGGAGUAGGUCUCUUUUGACCUAGUAAAGAUCUUCACAUGUUUAUGAAAAGAAAUACACUAAUUAUCUUGAUGCGGUUGCUUUUACCUCCUGAUGGGUUUAUGCUUAGCCUUUGAAAGAUGCAGCAGCAAACAGGCCAUUGUUUUUUUUUUUUUUUUUUUUUGGUAAACAUAAGCUACCAAAAAUUGUUUGUACAGUGUGGUUUAGUUUGUAAAAGUUAUAGAAGACAAUUAUGUAUAACUUAACCACAAUUAAAUCUGGAGUAACAGAAAUACCCACCCACCUACCUACCUACUCCAUGAAAAGUUCAUUCCGUUUUCCAAACUCUCAGUCGGCGCGUAAUCCUAGUUUAGAUGUACUAGACUACACGGUGUUCUUAUACACGUGACACAAAACGGAGCGUAGCUCAUUCUGUUUUGGCAUUAUUACUGACGUGGCAAAAUCGGACAUAAGCUUCCUAAGUGAUAAACUCAUAAGCUAUGUAUACGGUAGGCCUGGACACGGAUCAAAUAUCCGAGUUUUGAAAGUAUUUGUGAUUUGUUUUGUAUGCUACGAAUAUCUAAUUUUUCGAUUUGCUUUGCUUCGAAAAAAUACGGAUAUUCGAAAAAACGGAUAUCCAAAAAUAAAUAGAUAUUUGCGGAUAUUUACGAAUACGUACGGAUAUCUCAUAUGUUUUGAUUAAUGCAAAUAAUCUUAAAAAUUUGAUACAAAUUUAUUUUGUAAAAUAUUGUUUGCAUGAUAUAUAAGAUAAAAUUAAAAUAAAUAGUGAAUCCACAUAUUUUGUAAAAAAAAUUAAACUUAUUUAAAAUUUAUAAUAAGACAAAACUUAAGAAAAAAUUAUAAUUGUCAUAAAUUUAGUCAUUUCCUUUUAUGUAAUAUUUUUAUAUAAGUAAUAAUGUGAAUAGAAUUUGUCAAAUCAUAUGUUAGAAUAACAAUUAUAUAAUUUUAUACAUUUAAAAAAUCAAGAUAUACAUGAUUUAUAUAUUACCGGUUCGGAUCGGACAUUCGCUUCCCAAAAUUUUAAUAUUUGUGAUUUGCUUCGAUUUUAACGGAUAUUGAUUUUUAGUAUUUGCUUUGAUUCGAAGGUUUACGGAUAUCCGGAAUAUUCGAAUCAAAUCGAAACGAAUAACGAAUCGAAUCAAAUUUAACUCGAAAAAAUUGGGUGCUAUCAUAUAGCUUUGUAUCGGCUAAGUUCACGAGUUGGAGAUAAGCGGACUCGAACCGCUGAUAUCCACCACAGGGUAAACCACCGCCUAUCAGGCCCCUGACUGAUUCUACCAUAGAGGCCAACAAUAGACUUACAAUUUGAAUAAAGAAAAAAAUUGUAUUUCGGAUAAAAUCCCCAGCUCUACUAUACAUUCCUAAACGGAGCGUAGUUCAUUCUGUUUUGUCAAUUGCUAAAUUCUGCAGAAUUUCAAGAUGUGGAGUUAAAAGUUUUUCUUUUAGUGUUUUCAUUCCUCUUCAAAAUCUUAUUUUUGUGAUAAAAAUAGUUACUUUGAAACUUAGUACUAUUUUUGUUUUGAAUUGUUUGAUGGUAUUAUUUGAAUGAGAAUCAAAUUUGGUUUAGCGUUUGAUGUGAAAUAGUACAUAGUAAUCUCUCAGCAGCAUCCUUUAUUGUGGAUUCAGUCUCACUUGUUGAGCACAUUUAUCAUUUUACUUGUUUUGGAUUUCAGGAUGUGCGUUUGAGUUAAAUAUACCAUGGGUACUGUGGUUGGAACUGUUGUUGAGGAGUGCAGAGAGUUGUUUGAAGGGCAGUGCUCAGACAAGGAUCACACCCAACAACUCAGAUUGCCUACAAGCUUGUCUGGGUAUAGAUUACAAAUUGUGUCUUUCGCUUUUGUAGUUGAUCCUCUUGUUUGAUAUAAAUGCCUUGAAAUGGUUCUUAGGUUGCAGGAGAUGGGAGACUAGUGCCUGCAACCGAUGAAGAAAUUUUGGAGGUGAACGAGUCGGAUAUGUAUACUGCAUCAGAUGCUUCUCAGACUAUAGGCUACCUUCCUGCCCAAGGGUUACCUCCUCGGUUGUCCCACCCACAUUAAAUUUCUCAAGGUUUGGUUCUCACUGUUAUUUACAUGUUGAAGCACUUUACAUAAAUACAUAUACAGGGAGUGGUUAUCCUAGAUUUGAAUCAAAUUUUUGGUUUUUAUGACCAAAGUGUAUCAAUCCUUUUUCCUUUUAGUAAUAUGGUUCUGUUGCUUUUCCUCCUAGAGUCAGUAUUGUUUACUUGCAAACUUUUUAAUUAGACUCAGCUAUCAAUUCAGGUUUAUUGCAGUCUGACAAUUUGUGAACCAUAUACAGACCAGGUGAAAAGAAAUCAGAAUCUAUCUGAAAAUCUGAGGUCAGGUCUAUUAUCGUAUCCUCAAGGAAGAGAGUUGCCGUCACCAGGGUGGUAUCCUUUGCUGGAUCUGAAAUUGAGGUUCCAUAUGUUUCUCAUGUCAGAAGAAGCCGUCCAAGUGAGUACAUUAUUUUUGGCUCUUAUAGUAUUUAUCUUGGUUACUCAUUCUUCUCAAUAUUGCACAUAUGGGAAAAACGAUUUGUGUAUGUUCUUGUGUGCGUAGUUAGCUUUGCUUUUAAGUUGAACCGUAAUCAAGGAUAAUGCAAUGUAGGGUCGAUAACAUAGCAAGGGAGAGAAGAAGUGUUAGAUAAGAUACAGUUUCUGUAGAGUUGUGUAACUUUAUAAGGAAUCUUUAUGAUAUAUGAUAACACUAUAACAAAUAUUAAGUUAAUGAUCUUCAUUUCGAACU